GCUCAUCCCCUGCACAUACCUCUCUACCUCCUCCGUUUCUUCCUCCGCCUCUCUUCGCUUCUUUUCUUACUUUCUUUGCCUUUCCCUUCCUCUCUUCCCUGCUUUCAGCAUGGGUGAAGCUGUUGGGUUUCUCCAUUCCAAUGUCUUUAGCAAUAAUGGUUACGAUAAUCGCGACCAGGUCUACGAAGACAAUCAAAAGAAACUCUGCUGGUAUGAAGAAGACUUAGACGAUGAUCUCAAGUGGUCUUAUGCUUUGAACAGAGUGUUGCAUAGAGGUACAAGCGAGUACCAAGAAAUAGCUCUUUUGGACACAAAACACUUCGGAAAGGUAUUAGUGAUUGAUGGGAAGAUGCAGAGUGCUGAAAGAGAUGAAUUUAUUUAUCACGAAUGCUUGAUUCACCCUGCUCUUCUCUACCAUCCAAACCCAAGAACAGUAUUUAUAAUGGGAGGUGGCGAGGGGUCCACUGCAAGAGAAGUACUCAAGCACAAAACUAUAGAGAAAGUUGUCAUGUGUGACAUAGACCAGGAGGUCGUCGAUUUCUGCCGUAGAUAUCUGACGGUAAAUCAGGAGGCGUUUCGCGACGAGAAGCUUCACCUUGUAAUCAACGAUGCUAAGGCCGAAUUGGAGGCGAGGAAUGAGAAAUUUGACCUGAUAGUGGGAGACUUAGCAGACCCAGUUGAAGGAGGGCCUUGCUAUAAACUCUAUACUAAAUCCUUCUACGAGCAUGUAAUCAAACCCAAGCUUAACGCCAAUGGGAUCUUUGUCACUCAAGCCGGACCAGCAGGCUUUCAUAGCCACAAGGAGGUCUUUUCAUCCAUAUAUAACACACUGAAACAUGUCUUCAAGUAUGUGCUCCCUUACACAGCUCAUGUGCCAUCUUUCGUCGAUACUUGGGGAUGGAUUAUGGCAUCCGAUCAACCACUUACCCUUGAAGCAAAACAGAUUGAUAGUAGAAUCGAAGAAAGAAUCAAAGGAGAACUACUGUAUAUUAAUGGAGCCACCUUCCUCUCCUCAACCACCAUGAACAAGACUGUCUAUCAAUCGUUACUGAAGGAAACACAUAUCUACACGGAAGAAGAUGCAAGGUUCAUCUAUGGACAUGGGAAGGCAUGUUAGUCACCCGUAUCUGUAUAGAAGAAAGAGGGGGCCGACAGAUAGAAAAUUAGACAACAGUUAGAGAAGUAGUCUAUAGAAACCAAUCAAAUUUAUGUACAAACUCUUAGGAGCUGUUAGGCUACUUUGUUCUUUAUAAUAUAUAUCUGUUAGUUAACUCCUUGUGGUUGGUGUAGGACUAAAAUUCCCAUUUCCCAAAGUUAAAAAUAAUAGCAAUGAAGUUUUAUAGUUUA